AAAAUUUAUCUUGCCGGUCGGACGUGUUUUUUUUGGUCGCUCCCGCUCGUAACGCUUUUUUCCCCCGUUUUGGCCAAUGUGUGAGCGCGCGCGCGUGUGUGUGCUGCUUGCAGUUCAAAAGGGCAGCAACAACAACAGCACACCUCUCUUUUAAGCCAGGUCUUCUGAGCGCGCGAGAGUGUGUGUGUGUGCUUGUGAGCGUGAUUUAGAAUCGUGGCCUGGGAAGAAAUGGCAAAUUAGUUGGCUCAAAGCGGAAUCUCUGUGCUCAAUAUUCAAAUUCAGGCUAGAAAGUGUCGCGUGCGAAAGUGUGCAAAUAAUACAGCUAGCGAAAAUAGAGAUAAAACUUUAAAAAAAACCUGUUCUAAGCCAAGUGCCGAUUGCACGCGCGAGUGUGUGUGUGGAUGUUUGUGUGGAGCAGAAAAGAAGAAAAGGAGAGAGAAAAGGGAGAAUGCAAUUAACAACAACAAGCUCAAUGAGUAUUAUUUGAAUAGAAAAGUAUAGUUGAAAAAGCCAAACGAAGCCCUUUCCAAUACGAAGCCACGAUUUGAGCCAACAAAUCAACGAUCAUGGCUAUAAUCGCGAAUGCGUCACCGCCACAACAGCAACAACAGCCAAGGCAGCAACAAAAACAGCGGCUAACAACAACAACAACAAAGGCAGCAGCGGCCACAACAACAGCGGCGUCAGCAGAAACAACAACAACAGCUAGAAGUCGAGACCGCACGAAAAGCGCAGCUCAAAUUACGUCGCAUUUGCUCAAGCGCGCCAUUUCAGUUUAUUCGUCGCCUCAAUGGAUAACGCUCUUCAUACUUAUUUACUUAGCAACAGAUGUCGCCUCAGUGGCGGUGCCAACGAAGGAGGCGUACUUUAAUGGCUCCACUUACCUCCGCCUGACCACGCCGAUGCCCAUUUGGGACCACUCGGCGAUUAGUUUCCGCUCGUGCCGCGGAGGGGAGAUCCUCGCCCAGCAGUACAACAAGAACUCCAUCGUAAUCUCAGUGCUCAAUGACUUUCUGCAAAUUUCCCUGGCGGGACCGGCGGUCCAUGGGCCCAACAACCGGCUGGAUGUCAAGUUGCCCUACCAACUGCUGGACAACCGCUGGCACACGCUGCAGUUCAAAUACGAGUACGGAAAUCUCUACCUGCAUGUGGAUCGUGCGGCAAGCAUAUUUGCCAACUCCACGUACAACAGUCAGUUCCUGACGAACCAGGACAUCGGCUACAAGGAUGCCAUCUUGAUACUGGGCAACUCCUUCUCUGGCUGUCUCCUGGACGGACCUGGUCUGCAGUUCGUGAACAACUCCACGGUGCAGAAUGUGGUCUUUGGCGUCUGCCCACUGACUCCGGGUCCCUGCAGCGAUCACGACCUGUUCACCCGACUGCCGGACAACUAUUGCCUGAAUGAUCCCUGCAUGGGCCAUGGAACCUGCUCGUCCAGUCCCGAGGGCUACGAAUGUCGGUGCACGGCCCGUUAUUCGGGAAAGAAUUGCCAGAAGGACAAUGGAUCACCGUGUGCCAAGAAUCCGUGUGAGAACGGUGGCUCCUGCCUGGAGAACUCUCGCGGAGAUUACCAGUGCUUCUGUGAUCCCAACCACAGUGGUCAGCACUGCGAGACGGAGGUGAAUAUUCAUCCACUCUGCCAGACCAAUCCCUGCCUGAACAAUGGAGCCUGCGUGGUCCUUGGAGGAAGUGGAGCGUUGGCCUGCGAGUGUCCCAAGGGAUAUGCGGGUGCCAGGUGCGAGGUGGACACGGAUGAGUGUGCCUCGCAGCCGUGCCAGAAUAAUGGGAGCUGCAUCGAUAGGAUCAAUGGAUUCAGCUGCGACUGCAGUGGCACCGGCUACUCGGGUGCCUUUUGCCAGACGAACGUGGAUGAGUGCGACAAGAAUCCGUGCCUGAAUGGCGGCAGAUGCUUCGAUACCUAUGGAUGGUACACCUGCCAGUGUCUGGAUGGCUGGGGCGGUGAGAUUUGCGAUCGACCCAUGACCUGUCAGACGCAGCAGUGUCUGAACGGAGGAACCUGCCUGGACAAGGCCAUCGGCUUCCAGUGCCUCUGUCCGCCGGAGUACACUGGGGAACUGUGCCAAAUUGCACCCAGCUGCGCCCAGCAGUGUCCCAUCGACUCGGAGUGCGUCGGCGGCAAGUGCGUGUGUAAGCCAGGCUCAUCGGGACCCAUUGGUCAUUGCCUGCCAACAACAACCACACCGACACCAGAACAAGAGCCAACAACAACGACAAGAACCACAGCAAUCCCUAUCCCAGCUAGUCCAAACACCCUAACAACAACAACCACCACCAAGAUACCACCAAUAACAACAGUUCGAGCAACGGUGGCAACAACCACGGCUAGCAAAAGACCACAACAACAACAACAACAACAUCAACUGCAAUCCAAUCCGAACACCCAACGCUCGGCCUCCCUGAAUGCAUGUCCCCAAGAAAACUGCUUGAACGGUGGCACCUGCCUGGGCUAUAGUGGCAAUUAUACCUGUACUUGUGCUAGUGGAUACACAGGUUACAACUGUCAAACGAGCACGGGCGAUGGAGCGUCUGCUUUGGCCCUGACCCCCAUCAACUGUAAUGCCACCAAUGGCAAGUGCCUGAAUGGAGGCACCUGCUCCAUGAACGGAACCCAUUGCUACUGUGCCGUAGGCUACUCCGGAGAUCGUUGCGAGAAGGCCGAAAGCUGCUCCCCACUCAACUGCCAGGAGCCGAUGGUAUGUGUCCAGAACCAGUGCCUCUGUCCGGAGAACAAGGUGUGCAACCAGUGCGCCACCCAACCCUGCCAGAAUGGAGGAGAAUGCGUGGAUCUACCAAAUGGAGAUUACGAGUGCAAGUGCACGCGAGGAUGGACUGGACGAACUUGUGGCAACGACGUCGACGAAUGCACCCUGCAUCCGAAGAUCUGCGGCAAUGGCAUCUGCAAGAACGAGAAGGGAUCGUACAAGUGCUAUUGCACACCCGGAUUCACCGGAGUCCACUGCGAUUCGGACGUGGACGAGUGUCUCAGUUUUCCCUGCCUCAACGGCGCCACGUGCCACAACAAGUUGUUUUUCUUUAAAUUCGGAAAGCAUCGGAUAUUGAGACAAAUCAAUGCCUACGAAUGUGUUUGCCAGCCAGGAUACGAGGGCGAGAACUGCGAAGUGGAUAUCGAUGAGUGCGGCAGUAAUCCCUGCUCGAACGGGUCCACAUGCAUCGACAAGAUCAACAAUUUCACCUGCAACUGCAUCCCGGGAAUGACGGGUCGCAUCUGUGACAUCGACAUAGACGACUGUGUGGGAGAUCCCUGUCUGAAUGGGGGCCAAUGCAUCGACCAGUUGGGUGGCUUCCGGUGCGAUUGCAGUGGCACAGGUUACGAGGGAGAGAAUUGUGAGCUGAACAUCGACGAAUGCCUCUCAAAUCCGUGCACAAAUGGAGCCAAGUGUCUGGAUAAGGUGAAGGACUACUUCUGCGAUUGCCACAGGGGCUACAAGGGCAAGAAUUGUGAAGAGGACAUUAACGAGUGCGAGAGUAAUCCCUGUCAGUACAAUGGAAAUUGUCUGGAGCGGUCCAAUAUGACGAUCUACCAGAUGAACCGGAUCAUGGAUCUGCCUAAGGUGUUUAGUCAGCCCUUCACUUUUGAGAAUGCCAGCGGAUAUGAGUGCGUCUGUGUGCCAGGCAUUAUUGGUAAAAACUGUGAGAUCAACAUAAACGAAUGCGAUAGCAAUCCCUGCAGCAAACAUGGAAGCUGUAACGAUGGGAUUGGCACCUAUACCUGCGAGUGUGAACCUGGAUUCGAGGGCACCCACUGCGAGAUCAACAUAGAUGAGUGCGAUCGCUAUAAUCCUUGCCAAAGAGGCACUUGUUAUGACCAGAUAGAUGAUUACGACUGCGACUGUGAUGCGAACUAUGGAGGAAAGAACUGUUCUGUUCUUCUUAAGGGUUGUGAAGAAAAUCCUUGUUUAAAUGGCGGCGCCUGCUUGCCCUACCUGGUCAACGAGGUAACCCACCUGUACAACUGCACCUGUGAGAACGGUUUCCAGGGUGAUAAAUGCGAGAAGACCACAACCCUUUCCAUGGUGGCUACCAGUUUGAUUUCGGUGACCACGGAACGCGAGGAGGGCUACGACAUUAAUCUGCAAUUCAGGACCACUCUACCAAAUGGAGUUUUGGCCUUUGGAACAACGGGCGAGAAGAAUGAGCCAGUUAGUUAUAUUCUGGAACUGAUCAACGGACGACUGAAUCUCCAUUCAUCGCUGCUGAACAAGUGGGAGGGAGUCUUCAUUGGCUCAAAGCUGAACGACAGCAACUGGCACAAGGUGUUUGUGGCCAUCAACACUUCGCAUUUAGUGCUUUCGGCCAACGACGAGCAGGCCAUCUUUCCGGUGGGCUCCUACGAGACUGCCAACAACAGUCAGCCCUCGUUCCCACGAACCUAUCUGGGCGGCACCAUUCCCAAUCUGAAGUCCUAUCUGCGCCACCUCACCCACCAGCCGUCAGCCUUUGUGGGCUGCAUGCAGGACAUUAUGGUCAAUGGGAAAUGGAUCUUUCCCGAUGAGCAGAGUGCUAAUGUUAGCUAUACCAAGCUGGAGAAUGUCCAGAGCGGAUGUCCACGCACGGAGCAAUGCAAACCGAACCCCUGCCAUUCGAAUGGGGAGUGCACGGAUCUGUGGCACACCUUCGCAUGCCAUUGUCCAAGACCCUUCUUCGGGCACACCUGUCAGCAUAAUAUGACUGCAGCCACUUUUGGCCACGAGAACACUACGCACUCGGCUGUGAUUGUGGAGACAACGGAUGUCGCCAGGCGGGCCAUUCGAUCUAUCCUGGACAUUUCCAUGUUCAUCCGAACCCGUGAGCCCACUGGUCAAGUCUUCUACUUGGGCACCGAUCCUCGCAAGGCCCCCACUAAAAAUAUUGGCGACUCUUAUGUGGCUGCCAAACUGCAUGGCGGCGAGCUGCUGGUGAAGAUGCAAUUUAGUGGCACACCGGAGGCCUACACCGUCGGUGGCCAGAAGCUGGACAACGGCUACAACCACCUGAUCGAGGUGGUGCGCAACCAGACGCUCGUGCAGGUCAAGCUCAAUGGUACCGAGUACUUCCGCAAGACGCUGUCGACGACGGGUCUGCUGGACGCACAGGUGCUCUAUUUGGGCGGACCUGCCCCCACACGCGAGUCCCUUCUGGGAGCGACCACGGAGCCGGGUUUUUCGGCAGUUCCGGGAGCAGGAGUACCCAUCGAGGACACCACGGUGCCCAAGGAAGCGGAUGACAGCAGGGACUACUUUAAGGGCAUUAUUCAGGACGUGAAGGUGAGCAAUGGCUCACUCAACUUGAUUGUGGAGAUGUAUUCGCUGAACGUCACGGACGUCCAAGUGAAUGCGAAGCCACUAGGCGCUGUGACCAUCGAUCGCGCCUCUGUGUUGCCCGGCGAGGUGUCCGAUGACCUGUGCCGGAAGAAUCCCUGCCGCCACAAUGCUGAGUGCAGGAACACAUGGAACGACUACAGCUGCAAGUGUCCCAAUGGCUACAAGGGCAAGGAUUGCCAGGAGAUCGAGUUCUGCCAACUGGUCACCUGUCCGGGCCAGAGCGUGUGCCAAAAUCUGGACGAUGGUUACGAGUGUCUGACCAACAUCACGUUUACGGGUCAGGAACGCUCCCCGCUAGCCUUCUUCUACUUCCAAGAGCCACCGCCAGAGGAGAUCGUGGGUGAAGCGGCUCCCAAGCAGACUCUUAAGCCGGUCAUCGAUAUAGCCUUCCGCACUCGUGCUGGCGGAACUCUUCUGUACAUCGACAAUGUGGACGGAUUCUUUGAGAUUGGUGUAAACGGAGGUCGAGUGACCAUCACCUGGAAGCUCAGCGCUUUACACUUCGGCGAGUCCGCUCGCUUCGAGAAGGAGAACACGGAUGGAGAGUGGAGUCGCAUUUACCUAAGGGCCCACAAUGGCAAACUAGAGGGCGGCUGGAAGGGCUGGGAAUCGAUGGUGGAUCCGGCGCCAGCCUUCUCCACGGAUAUUGACCAAGCCGCCUUUCAGUCAGUGAUCGCCUCCAGCACUCAGGUUUAUCUGGGUGGCAUGCCGGAAUCCCGGCAAGCUCGAGGUUCAACUCUGUCUGCCCAGCAGGGCUCCCAGUUCAAGGGCUGUGUGGGCGAGGCGAGGGUGGGUGAUCUUCUGCUGCCCUACUUCUCCAAUGCCGAGCUAUAUCCGCGCACCGAAAAUGUUUCAGUGCAGCUAAAGGCCCAAUUCCGACUGAACACCACGCGUCCGGAGGAGGGCUGCAUACUGUGCUUCCAGGCGGACUGCAAGAAUGCCGGCUUCUGCCAAGCUCCAUCCGAUGAGUACGCCUGCACCUGCCAGGCUGGAUUCGAGGGCGAUGAUUGCGGCACGGACAUCGACGAGUGCCUGAAUACAGAGUGCAUGAAUAAUGGAACCUGCAUCAACCAGGUGGCGGCCUUCUACUGCGAGUGCCAGCCAGGAUUCGAGGGUCAGCACUGCGAGCAGAACAUAGACGAGUGUGCGGAUCAGCCGUGCCACAAUGGUGGCAACUGCACGGAUCUGAUCGCCGCUUACUUGUGCGACUGUCCGGAGGAUUACACUGGUCCCCAGUGCGACGUGCUCAAGCAGAUGACUUGCGAGAACGAGCCGUGCAGGAACGGAUCCACCUGCCAGAAUGGAUUUAAUGCUUCGACUGGCAACAACUUCACCUGCACCUGCUUUCCCGGUUUCGAGGGCCCACUUUGUGACAUUCCCUUCUGUGAACUGACGCCCUGCGAUAAUGGUGGCCUCUGUCUGACUACAGGAGUGGCUCCCAUGUGCAAGUGCAGCCUGGGCUACACGGGUCGUCUGUGCGAGCAGGACAUCAACGAGUGCGAAUCGAAUCCCUGCCAGAACGGAGGCCAGUGCAAGGAUCUCGUUGGCAGGUACGAGUGCGAAUGUCAAGGCACCGGAUUCGAGGGCGUUCGCUGUGAAAACGACAUCGACGAGUGCAGCUUGGACCGCGAUUAUUGCGGCGGAUUGGGUCGGUGCUUCAACAAGCCCGGUUCCUUCCAGUGCAUCUGCCAGAAGCCCUAUUGCGGCGCCUACUGCAACUUCACGGAUCCCUGUAACGCCACGGAUCUCUGCUCCAACGGCGGUCGCUGCGUGGAGUCCUGUGGCGCCAAGCCAGACUACUACUGCGAGUGCACGGAAGGAUUCGCGGGCAAGAACUGCACGGCACCGAUCACGGCCAAGGAAGAUGGACCCUCGACGACAGACAUCGCAAUCAUUGUUAUUCCCGUGGUGGUGGUACUGCUGCUCAUCGCGGGAGCCCUGCUGGGCACCUUCCUGGUAAUGGCCAGGAACAAGCGGGCCACCAGGGGCACCUACAGCCCCAGCGCCCAGGAGUACUGCAACCCGAGGCUGGAAAUGGACAACGUGCUGAAGCCACCGCCGGAAGAGCGACUUAUUUAGUUUUCAGUUUUGAGUUUUGAGCAAGAGCGACGAUUAGCAAAGCAAACAAAAGAUAUUUUUAAAUCCGCCCAUAUACACCUAGCUGUAGGAGUAACGCAAUGUUUUGUACUAAGUUCGCCCCUAGUUACGGUUUACAUCUUAAGGUGCUCAAAGCAACAGCAGCAGCCAGGCUUCCACCUCGACUCGCCCCCGAAUCCCUGCCUACGCUUUAGUUAGUUAAUAAUGCCGUUGUCUAUUUAUUCUAGUAGUUUAGAUGACAGACGUACCGCCCUAUAGUCGUUAUGUAGUUACGUUCCGAUAGUUUAGAUUCAGUAUUCGAUUUCUCGUAUAUGUAAUCCUAAAGCUGCGAACAAAGUUGAGCUCCGACACCGAUUCACCCCCUCCACAUUCCGCAGGGAAGCCCUUCAAAUAUGUAUUGUACGAGUAUUUUUGUAAAUAGGAUUGUUUGCCGACUCUUAAACUAAAUUAGCUGAGCUAUAUACGAUAUCAAAAAAACCGAAAAUCCUAUAUGCCUAUAUAUACGCUAGUAUAUAUAUCAGUAAAUGUGGCCUUAUAACAAAAAAAAUGCAUAGUAACGAAAAGCAAUGACAACCAGAAAGAACUUGAGAAACUAUUGAUUAAGUAAAUCAAAUGAAAGACAUAUUUUGCUCUAGAAUUUCUAAGCGUAAACUUAAGAGACUGUACUAUAUAAUAAAUAUUAAAUAUUUCGACUUUUUCCAAUUGAUUGUCCAGUUAUUUGGCAUUAGAAUAUCUGGCUUACCCAGUUAAAGCCACGCCGUAGAUAGCAAUAAAAACUAAUCCAUCCUUUUUCCAAUUUGUAGCAGCUAUUGCUAAAUUUAUUCGUCAACUUUAGCAUGACGUGUACUUUAUGGUUUGAAUGCAAACAAAUCCGCAUGAACAACAAACUUUAGUUUUGUUUAUCAUUUCAGUGAGAGAGCUGCUAAUGACUAAUAUAAAAGUUAAUAAUUAUAAGCAAUAGGAUGAAUGCAAAUAAAAAUCAAGAUUAAAUAGGUA